UCCGGGUGUGUAACACAACUUACACGCUUUAAUACCCCUGCAUGCGGUGUGUAAUGCAGCAUUAUGAGCUUUUCCAUGGGGGCAGGAGCUGAAGUUCAAUAAACAGAGGGGAAUUUUGACCGAUCAUGUUUUAAAAGGCAGCUAGCUGAGUCUGCACAAGGUCUUUAUUAUUAUUAUUAUUAUUAUUUAUACAGUAUCUAAAACAAUGGAUGUCCUGGAAGGAGCUGAAGGAGGGGAGAACGUGUUGGAUUUGUCCCAUUUGAACUUAAACAGUGUGAAUUUUGAGACUGUGGGUGAAAAACGGAGGACAGAGACAACCCAGCUUCAUCUCUGCUACAACAGACUGGCCGAACUUCCGGUUUCCAUCAGCCGCUUCACGAGCCUCGAGUUUCUGGACGUGAGCAAUAACGGACUGUCGGUCCUGAGCGAUGCCGUCACCGGACUGACCUGUCUCAAGACCCUCAUCGCCAAAAACAACCGCCUGGAUGAGUUCUCACUGCCCAAAGACUUCAGCUCGUUACAGAGACUCGAGGUGGUGAACCUCAGCGGGAACCGCUUCGAGGAGAUCCCCAUACAACUGCUGCAGUUACAGCGACUGCACUCACUGUCCUUCGGGGGAAACCGUCUCAAACACAUCCCUUCUGAAAUAGACAGCCUCACCAGUUUGGAGUUGCUGUAUUUGGGAGGAAACAUGAUCUCAUCAAUCCCAAUGGAGCUGGCCAACCUGCCUGUGCUCAGCUACCUGGCGCUGUGUGACAACCGCAUUCAGAGCAUCCCACCUCAAUUCACCAGACUCCACUCCCUGCGUUCUCUCAGUCUCCAUAAUAAUCUCCUGACCUAUUUGCCGCGUGAAAUCCUCAGCCUAGUGCAGCUCCAGGAGCUCAGUCUCCGUGGCAACCCUCUGGUCGUGCGCUUCAUUAAGGACAUGACCUAUGACCCUCCGUCUCUGCUGGAGCUGGCGGGACGCACCAUCAAAUCACGAAACCUGCGCUACUCAGAGGAGGACCUGCCUGCCGACCUCGUCAAAUACCUGGAGCUGGCCAGCAAGUGCCCUAACCCCAAGUGUGGAGGUGUGUACUUCGACUCGUGCGUGCGCCACAUCAAGUUUGUGGAUUUCUGCGGGAAGUACCGGCUGCCUCUCAUGCACUACCUGUGCUCCCCAGAAUGCACCUCUCCCUGCAGCUCCAACCCUCAGAGCGACGCAGACUCGGACGACGACCAGAGCAUCCCGGCCGAUCGGCUGCAGAGAGUGCUGCUGGGAUAGCGCACGCAUGCGCAUUCACACACACACACACACACACACACACACACACACACACAGUCUCUCUCGCUGUCACUGGUGCUGCUUCUUCAAACGCACUGAAUUUUGUGGCCCACCUGAUUCACCAUGUCAAAUUAAAGCCAAAAAUGCUUUUUAUUUCAGCUCCACUACACUGACGAUGCCUUUCAGUAGCGUUCACAGCAAACCCACUGCCACUGCACCGUCUUAAGUGUCGUUACAGUGCUUACUAACUCAUUUGGCAGAUUCAAGCAUGACGUGCAGAUCAUAUAUUCCUCUUUUUCGCUACAAAUCUUUUAUUCACAACCUCCUUUGUCAUUGUUACGCCUUAUAUUCUAUAUAAAUAUUACGCACAAAUGACAAACUUAACUGAUUUUUCUUUAUUUGAUUUAAGGUUGCCAGAUCUUUUGUUAGUAGCUGUAACAACACUGAGCCUCAUUUAUCAACCUGGAUGACGGAAAUAAAUCGUUCGUGCGAUCAUUUGCACGUGAAUUUGUGUAUUCCUGAAUAGUCGAAUCGAACGAGCUAACUGGCAUGGAUCACUGUAAAUUAAUAUCAAAAAUAUCAAUAAUAAUAGAGGUUAAUUUGCUUAUUUUUAUCACCUUUCCCGUGUUGUCCUUAUCCAGAGCGUAGGAGUUUCUGUCAGACACAUCCUCGUGCUAGUUGGACUAAAAGAGACAAACAUUUUGUGAAAACUCGUUGAUUUAUAUUCUGGGCAUUAAUUAAUGGCUAUGGAAAAAUAAAGAAGGUGAGUCAACACAGUCCUAUUAAUUACGACUAAUUAAAUAAACUAAUUAUUUAAUUAUGGCAGCAUAUAUACAGAUGACUUAUUAUUAUUAUUAUUAUUAUCAUUAUUGUUCAUGAUCGUAAUUAUAGUAUUAAGUAAUUAUAUGUUAUCGAAUGUUUUUAUUGGCAUCGCUACACGCAAUAAGCUGAGUCAGGAAAGAGAUUUGCUCUAAACUGGUGAUCAGCAUCACACACCAAUACGAAGAAGAUCAGGCUUUCGGAAACUUUUAUAAAUCCAGCGGUUCAAAUAUUUACAGAUAAGAUAAAUUGGGCUCACUGUUCAAACCCAUGGCACCGCUCACAUCACAGCUUCACUCUUAUGGUGACUGUUGGCAUGUCGGUCAGUUGACGUGCUCCAUUUGUUGUCAUGGUGACGAAACGACACUUUAAAGAGCAGCAGAAUUUUGGCAUGGGAAAUCUUCUGGCCAUCAGUUUCGCAGUCGAAUCUCACAUACACGUCUUUUCAGAUGGCGAGGUUGUGUUAAAUCUCGUACUGAAAGGCAGCCCGAGAGAGCUGUCCAUGUGUCUUUAACAAGAGGGACGUCCGUUCCCAUUUAACUGUCCUCACCUGGGAACUCUGUCUGAUCUGAAACAGAACAGACUGCAGGGUUUUCUUGCUUUUUUUUUUUUUUUUCUUGCCUGAAGAUGUUUUCGUACACCUUUGGGGGCCGCAUGGUGCUAAAAUCGCGUGACGCUAGCAACAAAGAACCGUUAGAAUCAUUCGGGAUGCAUCAAUACCAUGUUUUUUGGUACGCCUCGAUACCGAUACCGAUCCUCAACAACUUGUUAUGAAUUGAUGAGGGGUUUCGUAUAUAACAUUUUAUUUUGGUUUUUAUGGUUUACAUAAAUGGCCGUGAAAAGCGCACAAGGGCUUCUAGGCUUGUUCUUGUUGAUGUUAGACAGUCAGGCAGAUUUUAGAUAGCUACACUAGUCUUCCCUGGAUGGAGUAGGGUUGCGUCGGAGAAGAGCAGGUAUGUUUCAUUUAAUUUCAUUGUGUUUGAUUUCCUUGUUGUCUUUGGCUGAUCUUCAAGAACAAGAAGAGACAGCUAGCAUUGUUGAAACGUUUAUUUUCUCACCAGACUAGCAAUUGCUGCACUGUUGGUCAGCACAGUGUUGGUUACAGCAGAGAUGGUCACUCCAGUGAUGGUUGCAUCGCUGUUUAUUUUCAGCAUUAUGGUCAGCACAGUGUUGGUCACCACACAGAUGGUUGCCUCAGUACUAGUUACUCUUUAUACUACAAGUUCACUCGUACUGUAGGAAGAUGCGGUAGUUCCUCCUUUUAAUAUUUCACACAUGUAGCAGAGCUUCACCAUCAUUAAUCACGAAACACGCUUCAAAUCAUUGUCUUUUCAUGUUGUCUGUUCAAUAGUGUGAUAAAUUACUUUUUUUGUUGUUGUUGUUCCCCAAAAACAACAUGGUAUCAGACAAGUACUGGUAUUGAUGCAUCCCAAGUUUGGUGUUUUGAGUUUGUUUUUUAAUCCUAGAUUAAACCAGAGUGCCUUGGUAUAUGUGUAGGAAAUAAAAUGUUACAGACUUUGCACCGCUCUGGGAGAGUCUGUAGUUUGUAUAAUGCACAUAUCUUUAGAUUUUUAAAUCUAACAAUUAGACUGUGAAUAAAAAAAAAUACUAUUUGAAGUAAAGAAUAUAAUAUUAGUAUUAUUAAUAUUGAUAUCAAUGCAAUAACAGUAUAGUGAUAUACUAUUGAUAAUAGUGUGUGUGUGUGGGUAAGAGAUCAAGAAAUUGUACCCCUGUGGCCUGUAGUUAUUUCUCUGAGGCCUUUAACAGCUUGGUUGCAGACAUCUUGGUUGCAGGGGGGGUCUGGUCCAUUUCCGAAGUCACCAUUACCAGACAGUAACGAAAAAGGGGUGAGAUUCUCGUCAUAGUGUGAUGAUCAUCUGACUUUUUAUUCAGUGGAAAACUUCUUUAACAAUUCUUUAACAAACUGCUUUUAUUUCCACCUUCAGUGUAUUCACGUAGCCGAAAACCCCGGACGAGUCGUUUGAGUUUUCUUUUGAACAA